AAAAAAACUUCUUUGAAUCCAGGAAUCACUGCAUGGCUUGCGACUCUUGUCUACCAAAGUGCGAGAUAUUGCCUAAUCCAGCAGGGUGCGGCAUGUGCCCUAGGAAGUGCUAGCUCUUCUCCUAGCCACACGCGACCAUGAUACGUACCUAGGUAACUUCGCAACUGCAUUAUAAGAUAUCAUGACCUAGUACAAACUCUGACUGACCUGUGAGGUCCUAUUCAACUUUGUAAUAUUCCACCUCGACAUGGCUUCUGCCCCGGACUUCCUUCUUACCCUGAACAAUGCUAGCGGCACCUCAACCCCAACUACCAACAGCGCUGUCAAGGCCAAAGGUAUCGUUGUCUUCUCUGGCGGCAGCGCUGCCAAUAACCUUGUCGACGUUUUCGGGACAGUGCGAGAGGAUAAGAGGUGUCCGCUGAGCUACGUAAUCCCUAUCAGUGAUAACGGUGGAAGUUCCUCUGAACUCAUACGCGUCUUUGGUGGCCCAGGAAUUGGUGAUGUACGAAGCCGUCUUGUGCGCCUAAUCCCAGAUGACCCCGACAAUGACGACAGCGAGAAAGCAGCCAUCAAAGCCUUCUUCAAUCACCGCCUUCCAAAAGAGCAGGUUUCUGCAAAGCAAGAAUGGCUCCAGAUUGUGGAGGCACAGCACGCCCUCUGGACCAAUAUCUCCACGGCGAAGAAAGAGCUGAUACGGUCGAUCCUUAAUCAUGUGGCUUUUGAGAUUGUCAAGCGUCUGAGGCCAUCUUCCACGUUCGACUUUUCAGGUGCGAGUAUUGGCAAUCUGUUUCUGACGGGCGCCCGCCUAUUCACCGGCUCCUUCGAGUCCGCAAUCUACCUCCUCUCCAGCAUCUGCUCUGUCCCAAGCCACACCUCGGUCCUGCCCGCCAUCAACACAAACUUCACGCACCACAUCUCCGUCAGCCUCGCCGACGGCACCACCAUCACGGGCCAAAACUCAAUCUCCCACCCCUCCACCCCGUCCGCCCUCGACUCCCUCCCCGCCCCCUCCCCGCACGACGAAAUAGAACACCACGACCGCAUCGAAGACGCAAACCUCCCCGGCUCGCUCCCCACCCUGCGAAAACAGUACAUCGCCUUCGACAAAGCCGCCGAGGAAGACCUCCCCGCCCGCAUCAACAGACUCUGGUACAUCAACCCGUACGGCCAGGAAAUCAGCCUGGCCGCGAACCCGGCGGUGCUCGCCGCGCUCCACGCCGCCCAAGCCGUCGUCUACAGCAUCGGCUCGCUGUACACAUCCCUCGUGCCCUCGCUGGUGCUCAAGGGCAUCGGCCCCGCGCUGCGCAGCCCCGCGAUCCGCCACAAAAUCCUGAUUCUGAAUGCGACGCUGGACCGCGAGACGGGGCCCGCGGGCGCGCCGCACACGGCGCUGGAUUUCGUGCGCGCGAUUGCGAACGCCGCCACGCAGUCGAUGGGGAGCGCGGAGCCGCCGCUGCAGACCGAGUGGAGCGCGUAUGUCACGCAUGUGAUCCACCUGGCGGGCCCGGGGACGCCGGCGGUGGACCGCGAGGCGCUGCGGGGGUUGGGGAUCGAGGCGAUACGGGUGUAUGGGCGGCGGAAUGCGGGGGAGGGGUUUGUAAGGUAUGAUGAGCGCGGGCUGAUUCAGGCGCUGGAGGUGACGAUGGGGAAGCGGGAUCCGCGCGUUGUGAGUCGGCGGAACACGCUGGAGGGGCCGGCGAGGUAGCUUUGGGAAGAAGUGAGAACGUGGAGGGUCAGACUCUGGAUAGUGGUGGUAAUGUGUGAGGUUCGGUACGAGGAUUGUAUUGUUUGGUAGGAGCAUGUAGACGGCAUAACAGCACGCACGACGCUCUCAGACGAAGACACUUGGUAAAUCUUCCAUUCUCCCCACCGACCAAAAUCAUAAGGUCAUCUAUAUACAACCAUGCCAUCACAGCCGUCAUA